UGUACUAAAAUAUUAUAAUAAUAUUCAAUUGUAUUUUAAAAUGAUAUUAUUUUCAUAUACAUGUAUAGCUGGUAUACUAACAUUUGUCGCUGCAGCACAAGCUGAUAUACAACAAUUUUUAAAUACUAAUGAAUUACCAGUGUCUAAUUCAAAUGAACAAGUUACACGGUAUAUAUACGGAAAAACUAUUCAAUCAGCUACUACCAAAAAUGAUGGAAAUUAUUCCAUUACAACAAAUAUAAGCACCGAGAUCGCACAAGAGAUAUAUUCAACUAAAGAACUGGAUUUAAAUAAUUUAGAUUCUACUAAUUUAAAUUCUGAAUUAAAUGUAGAGUUAACAGAUAAGCUGAAUAGACUAUAUUCUGAUUAUUCUGACAAGUUAAGUGAUAAUAAUUUAACGUACAGUUUCCAAUCAUCAAAUUAUMCCGAAGACAAAAUAAAAAAUACAAAUGAUUUAAAUGAAGGAAUUCCUACUUCAGCAAAUUUAAAUACUACUUUAAAUGGUUCUCAAUCAAGUGCAAAACCUACUUCCCCUAAUGGUAAUUUAACUAGCAUUUCAAGUACUGCUACAAAUGUUAAUGGUACACCUUCUCAAUCUUACUUGCCUUUGCCAUAUCCCGCUGGUUUACCUAGGGAUAUAAACAUAGGUGUUCCAAGCUAUCCUCAAACGUCAAAUCCAAAUUCUAAYAAUAGUGCUUCUAAAAUUAACCAUAAUGGAGGAGCUCCCACUGCAACAGCAUUGUCAUCUAAUUCAAAUGGUUCUAUUUAUAGUAUUUCUCCGAAUUCUUCUGAUGUAUAUUCAUUGAACAAGCUGAGUGGACAAGAUUUCGAUUCUACUAGAUACAAACCAAGUGAUAAUACAUCAAAUUACCACGAAUAUAUACAAAACACAGCAGAUCAAAAGAACAGUUAUCCUUAUGUACCAAAUAUGAAUACAGAUUUAAAUAAUCAAAUAAUACAAAAACCAUUUUCAACUUUAAAUUUUCAGAAAACUGUUUCACCAGAUCAAUUUAGUUACUCCCCUGACAUUCUMUCAACUUUUCCAGAUGAAAACACAAAUGGCUCACCGAGUGGUGGAGAUACAGGAUUGAACACUCCACCAAGUAUGAAUGGAUCACCACAAAAAGUAGAUCAAACUCCAACGGGGACUGAAUAUUCAAGUAUGAUUUCAAAAACGUAUGGAUCCUUGAAUUACAAGUAUGAUACGGUUUAUGAGYCACCUAAUACGGAUGGGGUUUUGAACGAUGAUCAAUUAAACAUGGACGAUACGUAUAUAUCUAAUAAUCUUGAUUAUAUAAAUAUCGAUAGAGUUAAUAAUCCUCUUCCAGACGAAAAUUAUGGUGUUUAUAAAGACUAUUUUUAUGAGAGGAGUUCAGAUGGUAAUUAUGGCACCCAAAAUGAUAAUAAUAUAUUUGAUGAUUAUUUUAAAAACUUUGCGUAUAAUACUUUUAAUCUGCAAGGAUCUCCCUAUAAUUCAUAUGCACCUAAUUUAAACAAUAGGUAUGAAAAUAAUGAACUACAGUAUCAGAAUUCUCCAUCUUUCGAUGACAAUACAUUUACGGGAAAUAUUUUAGUGCCCUAUGACACCACUAUUGAUCAUGAUAAUAUUCCUCAAAUGUCUGUUAUGAAUGCUGAUCUUUAUAAAUAUGACAAUACUUAUUAUGAAACUAAUAUUGGAAUAGAUGAAUCAAUUCCUGAAAAAGAUCAAUUUAGUACAACUGAUUUUAAUCCAUUUUCUAAUACCCAAAUUCCACAAACAACUUACGAUUAUUUGGGUAUAGAUUUAACAUCUGCUCGUACAGUGUAUGAUUUAGAUAACGUCGGCAAUAUAGAUAAUAUAGAAACAGUUAAUUCAAACUACAUAGAUCAAGUAAAUAAAAAUGAUUUGUAUGAUGCUCAGGGUUUUAAUAAAUAUAUUAUGCCAUCAAUUAGUAUACAGGAAUACAACCAAUUAAUUGGGGAUUCUACUAGUUCUUCAAAUACAGGAACCAAUGCUAAUAUAAAGAGUCCUGAAGGACCUUAUCUAACGCCACAACUAUUGAAUUCUGGGUAUWAUUUGCCUACUGGUAGUGAUUUAAAUAAGCAGGGUUCCAAUUUAAAUAAACAGAAUUCGGAUUCUAAUUUACUAAUUGAUAAUGCACAAUUCAAAGGAUAUUUGUACCGUAAAUCUGAUGUGUCAAAUGUUAAUAAUCKAAUAGAAGAUUCUACUAAAGAUAAUUAUAUUGGUUCUCCAAUUAAUGCUUUCAAUAAUCGUUUAAAUUCCAYCCCAAAUACAGUUUCAAGAAAAAAUAAUACAUCAAUUGGUCAAAAUGAUUAUGGUGCAAAGGGACAGGUUAUUGGAAAAAUCUAUAAGCCUUCUAAUAAUACUGUAAAAAAUAAAUAUAGUAGAAGUAGUUAUAGUAGUUCUGAUGAUUCUGAGUUCUCUGAUGAUAUGCAUGCACUUGGAAAUGAUAUUAAACGAGCUGCUCGUGAUGGAAUAAGUAAUGUACAUGAUAAUUUAAAGGCUGACUAUGACACUACGAAAGCUGUAGGAAAAGCCAUUGGAAAUAAUGUAAGAAAUGCUACUAAUAAAGCUGAAGAUGGUGUUGAAAAAAUGGCCAAAACUGCAUAUCAUGGUUCAAAGAAUGCUGUGAAAGCUGUAGGAAAUGAUGUUGGCGAUGCUGUGAAUACUGUUGAUGAUACAGCCGAAAAUGCAUACCAUGCUUCCAAGGAUGCUGUGAAAGCUGUAGGAAAUUCUGUUGGCGAUGCUGUGAAUACUGUUGAUGACACAGCCAAAACUGCAUACCAUGCUUCAAAGGAUGCUACGAAUACCAUAAAAAAUGAUUUCAGUGACGCUACAGAUACUGGAGUAACGCCCAUUGAAAAUUCUUAUUUAUAAAAUUAUAAAAUCAUAGCAAAUGACGAAGGACUUUCUUCUACAAACACYGGAGAUGGCAUUAUUAAAACCUAAGAAAAUAAUUUUGUUUUGAACGAUGAUUUAAUUACAGCAUCUUUAAUUAUUUAGAAAUAUAUUAAUCGUUGUACAAUAAAAAUAUGGAUAUUUAAUUUAAUAAUA